AUGGCGUCGAUGUACCGUAAUGAUAAAAAGCGCGUCGAACAUGAAAUGAGUUUCCAACGGGAUCGUGACUAUUUGGCCUCCCCUGUGUACAACGAGACUGUCUACCAUCCGAUGGCUGCGGGUCAGCAUCCAGAGGUAUUUUAUACUUUGUUCCCUUAUUUUUUGCAUCAAAAAAUUGACUUGAAACCUUAAUUACACCUUUCUUUACGAUUUGCACCGCCUGACUGACUGACUAAGACUGAGAAAACACACGUAUAAUUUUUGUGCGAUGGGGUAGCCCAUAAAUCUUUAUGACACAUCGCCAAUUAUACCUUGUGAGCUUGCUUUCUUGCGUCCUUUUCGUGUUUUUGGCACCCCAGGGAACAGAAUAAUCCAGAUAAAUUUAGGUGCAAGCGAUCGAGCAAGUGGAAUGCACUCCUCACAUGUGGGCUCAUCCAAUGGGACUUUUACGCUGGUUUCAACUGGUAUCACUCAAAUAUGUAGAGACCAAUGUAAAGUUGUAUGGUUAGGUGAUGUUCUUCAUCCUGCAAUGGCUGGUUCAAAUAACAUGUGGAGGCGACGCGUGUACAAUGAUUAUGAACGUUUUCGGAUACACAGCCAUGGGACAGGUAAACAAGACGCUCUUGAAAUCUCUUUACUCUUUUUUCUAGCUAUUCGUGCUCAUCAUCUUUUUGGGUCUUUCCAUUUUCUGCGGAUUGAUCAUUGUCGCCUUCAUUCUCAAUGCCCAUCGCGCCUUUCCGUCAAUUAUUGCCUCAAUGGUAAGUUAUACUCUACCUGAUUUUCUGCCACGUCACAUUCAUUAUUCAUGAGAAGGUUGAGACUCCGAAAAGAUGCGUUUUUCGCUGACACCCAAUUUUGUCUAAUUUCCCGAAACGGGCGGCAACAUGAUUGAGAGACCAGCCGUCUGCUUUGGUGAAUCUCUAUUAUACGAAAAAAUGUUCAGGAGAAGGUUUACGCCAUUCUCGGAAUUGUCUUCAUGUUUAUCGCGGGGAUUUUGGGGACUUGGAUGGCCGUUCUUACGAAUGACCCGGAAGUGAACUACCAAGGACGUGGACGUGGACACAUUAAGGGACAGUGGAUUGCUGCAGCGGUCCGUUUUUCGCUUCAACUUAUUUUAUACAUUCAGUUAAAACACUUUCUUGAAGGUUAUUGAAUUUCUAAUGGUGAUUGUCUACAUUUUCGACUUCAUCCUUCAGCGCCGAGAAGUAUGGAUUAAACCACAGAAUUUGGGUAGUUCGAACUGACAGGACUUAGUAGUUGUCUUAGUUUCCCUUAAAUGUUAAAAAAGUUUUCGAAAACGUUACACUUUUGCAGAAUUAUCCCUUCACUGGAAAGGAAUACAAAACCGUCCCAUCACAAACAACGGUUAGUUAAAGGACUAACGAACGAACUGUGCUAAUGUGUCCGUCUUCAUUGCCUUUUAUUAUCACAUUCACAGUACGUAUCACAACUCACAAAAAGUUGUAGCCGUGGCCUAGAAAACUUUUCCAUUCUAACAAUUGCUGAUGUUUGGCGAUGUUUGGCGACCGGAUUUUUUGCGUACGGCACAAUUUUCAAACGUUGCCAAACAUAGAAAAUAAGGCGGUCCAACAUAAUAGAACUGGGCAUAAUCGAACCUCGACAUAAUAUAACUGUUUUUGUGUAUUUAUAUGAGCAUUUUGUCCGUUCCUUUCAAUUAACUUUCGCAAGAUUUUUCUUCUCUCGAACAAUUAAGCAGAAGACCACAGUUUACACCUAGAAAAUUGGUUUCCUUUCGUUUUUGAUAGUACAUAAAAAUUAUUUUCUGUGGGUUUUUGUUACCGUAGAGAAGAGGGAUCACGACGGAAGUCAAAAUUAAUGAAUGCAAUAAAUCGAUCACGAGAUUCAAAAAUUAUCUUUUUCUACGAAACAAUUAUUCUACAGAAAGGUUUAAAAGGCGCUCCAAACAGUUAUAUUGUGGCCGGUUCUAUUGUGUCGAGGUUCUAUUCUGCCCAGUUCUAUUAUGUUGGACCGCCGAAAAAAAUCACAAAUUGUUAGCAUGGAAGAGUUUUCAGACCUGAGUUUUCUAGACCACAAUUUUCACGUUUCGACAGCGUAUGUGACAAUAGAGACCGAGUCAGACAGGCACAUAAGUACCAUGUUUUUCAAAUUGGUCCUUGAAAAAUUAGAAGUAUAAUUAUUUAGUUUCAGGGCCCGGGUUCACUACGUUCGACGAAUACUAA